AUGACUCAGCGACGCCACAUUGUAGUUGAUCCCUCUUCUAAAGAUCAAAAGGACCUUGCGGAUGUGGCCAGUCUGGAUGGUACAGAAGGGUGCCCAGCUCCACUGUUGGGAAGGUGUUUGUUGGGAUGUUACUACUUUUUCAGACCUAGUAAACGACCCAUUAUUUACGAGAUUGACCCAACAUUAUUCGUGGAGCCCGUUUGGACUGGAGCUCAUUCAACUGACGUUCAAUCAAACGACGAAGUGGUAAUCGACACAUUAGUGGAAUCUAGGCCACUGCGACUCAUGUCUACGAUAUUCUCCAGCACCUUGGCGCCAUCUACCAGCCAUCCACAGGUCAAGCUACCAGGUCAGCUACCCGACGAAUCGGAAUCCCCAGCUGAAUUAAUUUCGAGGCAGAUGUUAGAAUCACAAGUUCAGAUUAAUGAACAUACCAAAGGUUCAAUAUUAGCUAGUUCAGAGAAAAGUGUGCAGGAAACCAUGGAACUGCCCGACGUGUCGGCAGCCGAUGGCGAAGUAGGUAAACAACAAGCAGUUAAAAAGACCCCGGAUGUGUCCGUACACCGAUAUGAAUGGUUCCGAUCCACUCUCGGAUGGACCAACUCUGUGUAA